UCUUUGCAAGCCUCACCAAGAUGAAAUUACAAGGCCAAGAGGAAUAUGAAGCUUCCAGUGCUCAUGAAAAUGUUUCUGCAGGGGAGCUGGAGAGUGACCAUGGCCCUAGCCACAGCCCUGGCAGCUCUUCAGAGACAGACAGCAGAGAACUGGGGGUAUGCACAGACCCUCCACUCUUCAUUCAGCUGAAUGAGCUGCUGGGCUGGCCCGAGGCACUGGAGUGGAGAGAGACGGGCAGGUGGAUGCUGUUUGAGGAGAAGUUGGAGGUGGAUGCAGGGCGGUGGAGUGCUCCCCAUGUGCCAACCCUGGCACUUCCCAGCCUUCAGCAUCUCCGCAGCCUGCUGGUCAAGGGCCUCGUACUGCUGGACUGUCCAGCUCGGAACCUUCUGGAGCUUGUGGAGCAGGUAAUCAGAGUGGAGUCAUUGAGUCCAGAGCUGAGAGGGCAGCUGCAGGCUUUGCUGUUGCAAAGACCCCAGCAUCACAUCCAGACCAGGACCUGGCCCUGCUGGGGAUCUACUCCUCCAAAAAAGGUACCUCACAAUGAAAAUGUGCCUCUGAAGGAACAGCAUCAGAAUCCUCUGAGACAGAAGCUGCCUCCAGAGGCUGAGGUAGCCACUGUGCUGGCAGGAGAGCUGGGCUUCCUGCCUCAGCCACUGGGGGCCUUUGUGCGACUGCGGGAUCCGGUGGUGUUGGGGACGCUCACUGAGGUGCCCCUCCCCAGCAGGUUUUUCUGCCUGCUUCUGGGCCCUGCCAUGCCGGGAAGGGGCUAUCAUGAGAUGGGUCGAGCAGCCGCUGUCCUCCUCAGUGACCCGCAGUUCCAGUGGUCAGUUCGUCGGGCUAGUAACCUUCAUGACCUUCUGGCAGCCCUGGAUGCCUUCCUAGAGGAGGUGACAGUGCUCCCCCCAGGUCGGUGGGACCCAACAGCCCGGAUUCUCCCACCCAAAUGCCUGUCCUCUCAGCACAAAAGGUCACUCUCGCGAAAGCGGGAGGUGGAGGGCUUUUCCACCCGGCGCAUGGCCGGGGCAGAGGAUAGACGUGGCCCUGGGCCCCAAGUGCCCUGUCCGGAGUUGCAGCGGACCGGUCGGCUGUUUGGGGGUCUUGUCCAGGAUGUGAACCGGAAAGCUUCGUGGUACACUACCGAUUUCUUGGACGCCCUGCACCCUCAGUGCUUCUCAGCAGUGCUCUACAUUUACCUGGCUACUGUCACCAACGCCAUUACUUUUGGGGGUCUGCUGGGAGAUGCCACUGAUGGUGCCCAGGGAGUGCUGGAAAGUUUCCUGGGAACUGCGGUGGCUGGAGCUGCCUUCUGCCUGCUGGCAGGCCAGCCGCUCACCAUCCUCAGCAGCACUGGGCCAGUGCUGGUCUUUGAGCGCCUGCUUUUCUCUUUCAGCAGAGAUCACAACCUGGACUACUUGCCCUUCCGCCUGUGGGUGGGCAUCUGGGUGGCCACCUUUUGCCUGGUGCUGGUGGCCACAGAGGCCAGUGUGUUGGUGCGCUACUUCACCCGCUUCACGGAGGAAGGUUUCUGUGCCCUCAUCAGUUUCAUCUUCAUCUAUGAUGCCCUGGGCAAAAUGGUGAAUUUGACCCAUGCCUAUCCCAUCCAAAGACCUGGGUUCCCUGGCUACGGUUGCUUCUGUCAAUACCCAGACCCACAAGGAAAUGAGUCUCAAUGGGCAACAACAAAGCAAAAGAACAGAGAUGACAUCUUAAGCAUGGACCUAGGCCUGGUCAAUGCAUCUUUGCUGCCUCCAUCUGAGUGCACCCAACAGGGAGGCCAACCUCGUGGCCCUGGCUGUCACACAGUCCCAGACAUUGCCUUCUUCUCCCUUCUGCUCUUCCUUACCUCCUUCUUCUUUGCUACGGCCUUCAAGCAUGUAAAGACAAGUUCCUUCUUCCCCUCUGUGGUGCGGAAGGUGCUCAGCGACUUCUCCUCAGUUUUGGCCAUUCUGCUGGGCUGUGGCCUUGAUGCAUUCCUGGGCCUAGCUACACCGAAGCUCACGGUGCCUACAGAGUUCAAGCCCACACUCCCUGGGCGUGGCUGGCUGGUAUCACCUUUUGGAGCCAACCCCUGGUGGUUGAGUGUGGCAGCUGCCCUGCCUGCCCUGCUGCUGACUAUCCUCAUCUUCAUGGACCAGCAGAUCACAGCAGUCAUCCUCAACCGUGCAGAAUAUAAGCUGCAGAAAGGAGCUGGCUUCCAUUUGGACCUCUUCUGUGUGGCAGUGCUGAUUCUGCUCACAUCAGCACUUGGGCUGCCCUGGUACGUCUCAGCCACAGUCAUCUCCCUGGCCCACAUGGACAGUCUUCGGAGAGAAAGCAGAGUGUGUGCCCCUGGGGAGGCCCCCAGUUUCCUGGGCAUCAGGGAACAGAGGCUGACAGGCCUAGUGGUGUUCAUUCUGACAGGCUUCUCCAUCUUCCUGGCACCUGUACUCAAGUUCAUCCCAAUGCCUGUGCUAUAUGGAAUCUUUCUGUACAUGGGGGUUGCAGCACUUAGCAGCAUCCAGUUUGUGAAGAGAGUGCAGCUACUGUUGAUGCCAGCAAAACACCAGCCAGACCUGAUGCUCUUGCGGCAUGUGCCUCUGAACAGAGUACACCUCUUCACUGCCAUCCAGCUUGUCUGCCUAGGUCUGCUUUGGAUAAUAAAGUCUACGCCUGCAGCCAUCAUCUUCCCCCUUAUGUUGCUGGGCUUGGUGGGUGUCCGAAAGGCACUAGAGUGGUUCUUCUCGCCACAGGAACUCCUCUGGCUGGAUGAGCUCAUGCCAGAGGAGGAAAGGAGUAUUUCUGAGAAGGGACUAGAGCCAGAGCAAUCAUUUGGUGGAGAUGAAAGCCAAGAUUCAGAGCUGAUGUAUCAACCAAAAGUUCCAGAAAUCAACAUCUCUGUGAAUUAGUUGGAGCAAGAGUCUGGGAGUGGAGACCUUACAAAACAGACCAUGAGGUGAGAGUAUAAGGCAAGUUAGUACUUCUGGUAUUGAGAAUGCAGAGGUGUGGACUCAGACCUUGGAAAACGCCUGCAUACUGACCAGCUGUUUCCUCUUCAUACUCCAGUUCCUUCUGAACCCUAGAGCUGGGGAGGAAAUAGAAAGGUCUACUCAGAAGGAAGAAUGAAAUAGGCAGGGUACCUAGGCUUGACUCCCUGCCAUUCUGAGAUCACCAGUAGAGGGAGCGCCCGCUCACACCAAACAGGAUGGUGAGAUGAGGGCAGAGAAGAGGAUGGCAGGGAAGAGCAAUGACAAAGAAAUGCACAGGAAAGAAGGGAGGGCAUAAAUCUCUGCUCUUUUCCCUUACCCAGGAGGUUCCUUUUAGGCUGCUGUGAACCACAAUGUAGACAAGUGGAGGGAUUCUUUAUCCCUUGCCCUCUCUACCUUUCAUUUUAUGUAGCAUUUUUCUGAGGUAUAUUAGAUAUACCUAUUAUAGAGUUUUUAGGCACUAUAGAUGCAGUAGUGAGUAGAAAAACCAUAGCCUCUGACCUUGGGAAGCUUAAAUCCCUUGGGAGAGUGAGACAGACAAAUAGGCAAAUCUUGGUGGGAUAGUGCCAGAUAAGGGAAGCAUGGGGGAGCAGAGAAACCUCUAACCCCUUUUCAGAGAAUAGUAAAGGUGGGAUGCUUGAGGCAAAGGAAAGUGUCUAACAGGCAGUGGCCCAUAAUCUGAACAAUGAAUAACAGCUAGUGAAUACAAGGUGGAGGGAAAUAUGUUCUAUGCAGAAGUUGUAGCAUGUACCAUUAUGUGGAAUUGUUUGCUUUUGAUAAGCUUAACCCUUUGUUUGGGCCCCAAAACACUCUCCUCUCCAUGCCUAUACAAGUUCAAGAAUGCAAGAGUCCCUACUACCUGCAAUGGAAAGUUGGCACUAGAGAGAGAAAAAGUAAUUCGAUGGUUGGCCUGGAGCAAGAUUCUCUAGGCUUUCCUUAGCACCUAGUACUCCUUUGCUCUGUUCUUUGCUUUAUUUUGUCCCUGAGCACUUGCUCUGGCCUCAUGGUGUCUUCUCUCAGUUUGCAGGUGUUUACUCAGAAAGUUAGGACAUAGUUCGCCUUUGACUUAGUUGCUAGAUGCUCUUGGCUGAGGACCUGAAACAAUUGCAUAGAACUGAAGGACAGCUGGCAAAGACCCCAGUUACCUCCUGAGCUGGGAGUGGUGGGAGUGGCCAGGAGCAAGUAGGAAAGACUGGUGAGCCAGAGGGACUGACCAGUCCUUCUUCACUCACUCUCUGCCCAUUAA